AUGGAUAAAGCAGUAGACAAGGCGAAGAGUGAGAAAGAGCAGAUGUUCGACUUGUUCUUCCUGCCGAACGAGAAGCCUGACGAGAACAGAGCGAUGUGGGUCAAGGACUAUAUCAAAGAUCAGGUAUCGAAAGAUCUGGACGUCCCGUGGCAUCAGGUCAAGCCAGAACAUCUCAAGCAGUGGAGAGAGAAAGGAUUCGAAAGGGUAGCGUUCAAAGACUGGUGGAAAGAUCCUACCGAGGAAGAGCAAAAGAGGAUGAAGAAAAUGACGAUGGGUAGCGUUUUCAGGAAGGACCUCUAG